UAUCAGUUCAAAUCGGCGUGCUUGUUCCAUCCUAUAAAAAGGCUGAAAUCAGUUUGAGUAGCGUUGGAACCCAGCUGCUUGCAGUUGCAAUGCUGUUCGAGAGUUUGGACCUGGUGUCUGCGCUGGCCACGCUGGCUGCGUGCUUGGCUUCAUUAGCGCUACUGCUCGCAGUCUCUCAGCAGCUCUGGCAGCUCCGCUGGACCGCCACCCGCGACAAGAACUGCAAGCUACCUAUGCCAAAGGGCUCCAUGGGCUUUCCCAUCAUCGGCGAGACGUGCCACUGGGUCCUCCAGGGUGCAGGUUUCCAUGCCUCAAGAAGGCAGAAGUAUGGUAACGUGUUUAAAACUCAUCUGCUGGGACGUCCGGUGAUCCGAGUGACAGGAGCAGAGAACGUGCGGAAGGUGCUGAUGGGAGAACACACCCUGGUGAGCGUGGACUGGCCCCAGAGCACCAGCACUCUGCUGGGACCUAACAGCCUAGCAAACUCCAUUGGGGACAUUCACCGCAAAAGGAGGAAGAUUUUUGCCAAGGUCUUCAGCCAUGAAGCUUUGGAGAGCUACUUGCCUAAAAUCCAGCAGGUGAUUCAGGAGACGCUACGAUUAUGGAGCUCAAACCCAGAACCCAUUAAUGUGUACCGCGAGUCUCAGCACCUAUCCUUUCAAAUGGCUAUCCGUGUUCUUCUCGGCUUCCGCAUCUCUGACGAUGAGAUGAGGUUCCUUUUCCAAACCUUCCAGGAGUUCGUAAACAAUGUUUUUUCGCUGCCCAUUGACUUGCCCUUCAGUGGCUACAGAAAGGGAAUUCGUGCUAGAGACACUCUUCAGAAGGCUAUAGAGAAAGCCAUCAGGGAGAAACCAUUGUCUACUCAAGGAAAAGACUAUAUGGAUGCAUUGGAUGUACUUAUGGAGAGCGCCAAAGAGAAUGGGAUAGAGCUCAACAUGCAAGAGCUUAAGGAGUCCACCAUCGAGCUGAUCUUUGCUGCCUUUGCCACCACAGCCAGUGCCAGCACUUCUCUGGUCAUGCAGUUACUAAAGUACCCUGCUGUUCUGGAAAAGUUACGUGAGGAGCUGCACAGCUGUGGCCUGCUUCAUGAUGACUGCCUGUGCCAAGGUGAACUGCGACUUGACAGCAUUUGCACCCUCAAGUACCUGGAUUGUGUCAUUAAGGAAGUGCUGCGCCUCUAUGCACCAGUAUCUGGGGGUUACCGCAUUGCCAUGCAGACCUUUGAGCUUGACGGCUUACAAAUUCCUAAGGGCUGGAGUGUCAUGUACAGCAUUCGAGACACUCAUGACACAUCAGCCGUCUUUAAAGACGUGGCAGCCUUCGACCCUGACCGGUUUAGCGCAGAGCGAAGUGAAGACCGCGAAGGCCGCUUCCAUUACCUUCCCUUCGGAGGUGGUGUGCGCUCAUGUCUGGGCAAGCAGCUGGCCACUCUUUUCCUCAAGCUACUGGCUGUGGAGUUGGCUGGAGGAAACCGCUUUGAGCUGGCCACACGGACAUACCCCCGCAUGGUCUCCGUCCCUGUUGUGCACCCCACCGAUGGCCUCCGAGUCAAGUUCUUUGGCUUGGACUCCAACCAGAAUCAGAUCAUGGCCAAGUCAGAUGAGAUGCUGGGUGCCACUGUGUGAUUGUUUGUGUGGGAAGUGGAGGUGGUGGAUGAGAGGAAUUUUAUGACAGUUUCUGUUAAUAUAUCGUUCUCUCAAGUGGCAAAAUUCGAGUGAGUUGGAAGAGACACUCUUUGUCAUUUUCAAGAUGUCACUUUGUCUGCCAAAAAUGUACAGUCUAUCUUUUUUUCUUUACGAAAAUGUAAAAGUGUUAAAAACAACAUAAAUGUAAGGCUAAGACCAUUAAGCAAUGCUGUGAAAGGAAGGGCACAAUAUUAAAACAAAAAAGCUGUUUCUGAAUGUUUGAAGAAGGACUGGAAGGUUCAAACUAAAAGAGAAAAGUUAAAUGUGUCCAGUUGCAUAAAUAUCACAGGGUAUGGGCAAGGAAAGUCACAAAUGCUGAGUGUGGAGUUAAAGAGUCAUUGUUAAAAUGGUCUGAAACCAGAGUUUCAGUACAGGGGUAUUUUCAGGGUU